AUGGUUUGGAUAUCACACCACAUAUUUGCAGCUUUAUUAUUUCUAGUUAAUGAUAUUAUCAGAGAAAUCGCUCCAAACCUUCAUAGGUGGAUAUAUAUUGAUAGUUUUGAUCCUAAAGAUGGAAUGACUUUCAGUACAAGAUUCAUGAUUACUAAAGUAAGACCAAUACUGAUUCUAUUUUGGAGAAUUAAAGUUUUCUUUUAUCACAUAAGAUUCUGGAUUUCAGUUAUUUUUGAGUGGCUAUUUGUCAUAAGGUUCAAAAAGAUGAAUGUUUCUUUGUAUACCUUGAAAAGCAAAAAUCCAUCGACAACCAUAGGAAGUACAACAAUUUCACAAGAUCAGGCACCUUCAAAUUUUGGCGAUAUAUUUCCUUAUGAGAUAUGGGAUAGGAUAACAGAUUUCCAAACAGCAGGUCGUUGUACGUUAACAAGGUUAAACAAAGCUUUCUAUAAUGAGUUUUCCCAUAAAAUUUAUAAAGAUUAUAGUGAUAUUCAAAUCCUUUUAGUUCUAAGCUCAACGCAAAAGAUGAAAGAUAACGAUGCAUGUUUUUUAAAAUAUGGUCCAGACUUUCCUCAUAAAUGGUAUGAUGGAUAUCAGAUUUAUUUGAGAAAUAAAGAGUCGAAGAAGUUUGAGUAUGAAUUUCUAGAAGUGAAAACUUGUAAGGAAUAUGUAGAAGAGGCAACAUGUAUUUUACCUAAGAUGAUAACAUCACCAGAGAGAGUUAUGUUUCUUUUGAAUACAGUCAUGAAAAGGCCUGGGUCAUUGUUGAAGAAACAAAUUAAAAGAAUGUCGAUGGAUAUCUCUAUUUUGACUGGAUAUCAUGAUUUAUUCAACAGUGGUGAUAGUCCUUUUAGAGUCCAAUUGGAAGAAGGGUCUCAAAACCCAAGUUUAAAUCUUAUAGAAUUUGAAAGUCCAGAGCUAUAUUCGGUGGAUGUACAUGAUUACUUUGAUGGAUGUAGAUGGACAAAUGAUGGAGUCUUAACUAGUUGGGAAAGGUUUGAUAGGGAUGCUUGGAAAUCAUCAAACAUGAAAUUUCCAGGAUCAGUUUAUUUCAAAGAGCUUGCAAAUGUUUCUGCAAUGUUUGACUCUUAUAGGUUUAAUGAGAGAAACGAUAUGCUUUCGGUAGAUGAUGUUGAGAGUUUUCGAAAAAAUAAUUCAAUGAACAAUCAUUCAAAUUACUACGAAUAUAUUCAUGAUUUGAGGGUCUUUAGAUUCUAUGAUGAAAUAGCCCAUUUUGCAGCACAGCAAUCAUAUACUAUUGAGAUCAUAAAAAGACAGUUCAAGACUAAAUUAGAGACACAAACUAUCAUUUCAAAAAUCAUAAACACAGUAUCUUGUAUGAGAAAAAAUGAUCCAGAGAUGUCAUUGUUCAUCAAUGGGGUUGAACCAGUGCGGAGUGGAAUUAAACAUCGAAGAUUAAAAAGCUCUUUUGGGACUCUAUCAACUUUCAAAUCACAAAUGAUUUUAUUGAAUAGAAGACGUGAUUACUAA